UUUUGUUUAAGUCCUGUGGAGAGCUGUUGAUACAUAACUUUAUAAAUAUUUACAGAAGUAAAAGUUGAAAUGAUAAGAAAAUCUCUCACGGAAAAUGAUGCAAGGCCAAAUGACAGAAGCAUGGAGUUGUCUGCAUCCGAAAUAAAUACUUCCCGCCUUCAGUGUUCUCAAUCCUCAGUGUCAAGUGAAAGUGAUCUGUCAUUCUCAUUAUCAAUUGAGCGAGAUUUAGAUGCACUUCUAAUCGAUGACGAACUUCCAGCAUUUGAAAUCAGGCUUAUAUCACCGCUUGGCCGUACCCCUUCACCGAUAGACACCAACGCAGAAGAUUUACAAACACCAACGCGUCUUCCGCAGGUAGAUGAUGAUUCUACACCUAAUGCCUGCCAAAAUACGGAUUUUGUUGCUCUCCACGAAAUCAACGCAUUGAUAAGUCCACCAGCUGAUAAUGAAGAAAGAAGAGAAAGCCUAAGCCGUUGUAAUAGCCUCGAGACAAUAUUUGAAGGUGUAUUCCUAAAUACCCCUCCUAAGAACGCAAGCAAUAUACGCAGAACUAAUUCAAUGCGGAGUAAUAUUAUCGAAAAGAAUUUUAUUAGUAGAAUGAACACUGACAAAGAAAACCAAAUACCAAAUGUCAUUGAUUCAAAUAGUUCAUCCAGGAACAACUACCAGCCCAAAUAAUAUAUUCCCGACGCUAAUGUAAAGUAAUGUCCGAAUUAUUUUAAUGUUUUAAUAAAAUGCUUCCUAAAUUAAAGAUAGUAAGUUAUACCGCUAAUUAAAAUAAAUGUAACUCCAAUAUCAUUUGUAAAAAUA